GCUGCGGGAACAGAUCUGUGUCAACUGUCAGACAGCUGCCGGACGACUGAGAUCCCAGUUAGCUCAGUUUUUAUCAAUCAUGGUGUCUCAGACACAGUCGAAGGAGCUGCAAGGACUUUCAGCCAAUCAGAAGUCAGAUUACAUGAAAUUGGCCAAUGAUGCAACACAGGUGUUACGAGGCUCAUCAUUAGAUGAUCCCGAGUACAAUCAGUUAAAGGGAGAUUUGGCUGUGUUUAGGAAGCUUAUCAGUCAGAUAAAACCAGGUGAGACAGAUUUAAACAAUGCAGCGGUUCACAAGUGGAACAAGACACAUACAGUACUCAGACAGUUUGUGGAACUAGAAACAUACUCCAGACACUUCGAAGAAGAAUGUGGCAAAAGGAGAAAUGAGGAAGUCUUGCUGAUCAGUGACCUCAGGAAGCCACCACAGUACAUCUCAAGUGCAUAUUUCCAAAGAGUUAUACCCACUAUUGACAUCGAUGUGACUACCAAGGAGUCUAAGCUCACCAGCUUCAAAUCUGAGAUGUACAUUCAUGAGCGCCACAGAAACAAGGUGUCCCCUUUGCUAGAACCACCAGUGAAGAAGCAGAUUCUGCAGCGUGAUGAGGCAGCAAUGGCUGGUGGUGAUUAUGUAGAUGGAUAUACAGCUUCAGGCUUCCAGACAAAAGUUUCUGAGGUGAAAAAUUUUGUCAUUGCUGGUGUUGAGGACCCGAGAACUAAACAGAAACUGACCAUACUACAGGCUUUGUCUAGAGGAGUACUCAACAAAGAUUUUGGGACAUAUAAUAAUCUGGAGACUGGACAGUUCAUGCCUAUAGCUGAAGCCAUCUCAAGGGGUUUGAUCAGUGUGGAGUAUGGGGAUGCUGCUUCCACCAAUGGAUUUGAGAAUGAUUCUGUUGAUGGCUUAGGGAGUUUGAAUUCAAUAGAGACUGAGACGUUUGCAGUCUCCGGUGUGGUAGACCCUAGAACAGGGGAAACAGUCAGCGUCAAGGAAGCUAUCGUGUCUGGCUUGUUAGAUUCAAAAACUGGAAAGUUCCAUAAUCCAGUGACUGGGGAAGAGUUAUCACUCUUAGAUGCUGUCAGUGCAGGCUAUCUGAUGGCAGAUGCCUCAUUGCUGGAUGGUGAGGAUGAGGUGGACGGACCCAUGUACCAGAGCUACACGUCAAUUGUUUUAGAAGAUGUCAAAUACAAAGUAUCUCGGAUCAUUAAUUCGCUGACUGGAGAAGAGAUGACACUAGAAGAGGCAGUUCGUGCUGGAUUCAUUGAUCCCGUGCUGGGUAUCUACAAAAACCCUCGCACUGGGGAAGUGAUGUCAAUAGAGGAAGCCAUGAAACAAGGGCUUAUUAAAGGAAGACCAUUUGAUUCUAAAAGAGACCUUGACUCUAAUGAUGUGCUUACAUACCAACAGCUGCAGGUGAGAAAACAGACUUUCAAAGCUGGAGAGCCCAUUUUGAUGAAUGGUGACCUGGUCAAGCCAGAUCAGAAUGAAGUCAUGCUAGACAAACUCCGAGCUGCAGUUGGUUCUUCCAAGGUCACAGUAGUUGAUCCCAGAACUGGAAAGCCAGUCUCUUUGGAGGAUGCAGUUGACAGUGGAGUUAUUGAUUUAGCUAGUGGAAUGUUCAGAACACAGGACGGUGAUAUUAUUUCAUUAACGGAAGCCUGUGCCAGGGGAUUCAUUGAUGCUUCCUUAUUGGAGGAGAUUCUAAAAGCUUAUACAGAUUCCACUUUGGGCAGUUUGAUUAGUUCCGGUAGGUUUGAUCCAGACACUGGACUUGUAAUGGACUUAACAACCGGAAAGGCAAUGACCCUGCAAGCUGCAAUUCAGAACAAAAUUAUUGACCCAGAUGCUACAUAUUUCUAUGACCUUGCCCGGAAUCGAGUGCUUAGUCUUGCUGAAGCAGAAGAAUCAGGUCGCCUUGAUGAAAAAUCUGGUCAGAUUGUCACUGCCACAGGUGAAAGGUUAAGUGUCAGCCAAGCACAAGCUAGUAAACAGAUUUGCUCAGAAAUUAACCCGAAGGAGAUUGUGGAAAGGGCAGAGAGUUUAGCUUUGUUGAGAGGCUACAUGGAUACAAAUAUGAGAGGCAUUAAGAUUCUCAAUGUCAGUGACAUGGUGUCUGUAGAAGAAGCCAUAACUCUAGGAGCAAUCCAUUUACCUACAUCUUGUUAUGCCGAUGAGAAAUCUGUCGGGGUGGUUCCUCUUCAGCUUGCAGUUGAGAUGGAGCGUGUUGAACCCAGUGUAGCCCUAGCUCUGUUUUCUGCCUUUAAUCUGCAUUCACUGGAGCAAGAAAUUGCUACGGGACUCAUUGACCCUAAUUCUGGAAAGUAUAUUAAUCCCACUUCUAAACAGAAGGUGCAAGUAGACGCAGCAAAGAAAGCUGGCAUCAGCAACCCAGACUAUGUAUAUUUGGUGGAUCAGCAAACGGGGAACAUCACCACUCUUGGAGCUUUGGUUGAGAAAGGGAAGUUUGAUCCUGUUUCUGGACAAUUCAUUGAUGUAACAACUGGGCAGUCUAUGAGCCUACGUGAAGCUAUAGCAUGGGGGAUAAUUAUACCAUUUGUGGAUCCAGAAAAGUAUGUGGACACUUCUUCAGCUCUCAAGGACCUGAUAGAUUCUGGUAAAGUGAACCCUCGGGCUGUUGACUUUGUUGCUGCCAAUGAUCUUCGGAUGUCUCUCCGGGAUGCCCUGGCCAAUGGGUUCUUGACAAUGGGGUCAAGGGUGACUGUUGACCCAGAGACUGGAGAUGUGCUCUUGAUGUCAGAUGAGGCUGUUGUGCAGUCAUUGGUUGAG